AUGGCAACAGUCGAAGAUGACGGUCUAAACGAGAUCCGUGUGAACUACGGGUCCCCAUAUUCAUUUGAAGUUCCGUUGAGUAGCGCUGCGAGAUUAGGAAGCGGAUAUGCGAAUCGGUUGCGAAUCAGGAACUUUCAAGUCUUGAAGUCGAUAGUUGGGCAUGUCGGUAGCGUCCUUACUUACCGUCGCACCUUGCAGGGCUUCCCCAAGCGUGUUCGUACCCUCAAAUUUUCAGGUCUUCUCUGGUGUGUUCAGCUCGAGCUGCCAAUGAUUGCGGAUGGCCUACGAUGCGAGUGGCUGUAUUUGGUCCAAUGUUUGCAGAAUCAAGUGCAGAAUAAACAACUGACAAUCGUAGAAACUCUCCUGCUCUCUCGCCCUGCCUGCCCUCGCCCAGUCCCCCGGCGGGACUCGAAUUCGUCUAUUGGUUCAAGUUUCCACGUCAGAAAUAAUUUGGCACUCUGCGUCGCAUUCUUAUCCGAGGUCCCAGGAUCACAUCUACGCUCGUUUACAACAAUAAUGGGCUCUUCACAAAGCUUUUAUCCGUGCUCACCGUCCUCGUCGUUGCUAGAGCUUUGGGAAUUGGAUACGCCCAGAUCAGCGGUGUUCGUGUGGACACUGGAUACGAACCAGACGGAGAAAGAAAAGGGGAAUGGAAGGGGGAAAGCCAAAGGGAAGAAAAGCGACGAAGCUUUUGUGGCGGCAGUAUCAGACGCCACUGUUGUUGCUUCUACAGUUUUACAAGACGCAAUACCCGGUCAAUUCACAUCCAACCAGUCCAGCCUUCUCCCGCACCAAAGUCUAAAAAGUCAAAACCGAAGUCGCCUCGUUUGCCACCACCACCAACGCCGGUACUCCUCCCUCCACCAUCAGUUCUCCUUCUGUCCCCUUCAACAGCAGGACCGUACAACUCUGAAUCAUUCACCUCCGCCGUCCCCACCACACGCAACCCACGAACAACCAAACAAUCAACGACCUCCAUUGAUAUGGACGGGUCGUGGAACCCGCGUGGAGCCUCGACGUCAUAGCAACUUGGCUGCUGCUGCACAGGCGGUGACGACCACGAGUGACGUAGCUACAAACACUGCUUCUUCCUCACCCGUCGCGGAGCGUAUGGAAAAUGAAGAGGAAGAGGACAAGGAAGAAGGCGCACAUUCCUCUUUUCUCUCAAACUCCAAUACAAGGGACGGCGCCGAUGAUAUCCUCGAAACCCCAGAUCACCCGACGCUGUCAAGGGUUAUGCGUGUUCAACCUAGGACGGAUGCGGAUGAUGAAGGUUGUGGGGCUGUUGAGAGUAAGAUUUAUCACCUUUCUUACCCGACGUAUUUCCCUGCCCAUCUUCCAUCCUUGCUUCCAUCUAUGCACAUUUGCGCGUCCACUUUUACCCCCGUCCACUUUUGUAGGGAUGCAUUGUUUCUUUUGCAUUUCGCUUCUUUAUGAGCACUUGUUUUGCGCUCUGCCUUAUAACGCCUUCUUCGUCUGCCCUCCUCGUCCUUCCUCUCUCCUGGGCCUACCUGUACCUCGCACUUCGUUUACUUUUCCCCUCUUCGCUUCUCCGUCAUCCUUAUUCUCCGUAUUUCCGUUCGAUUGACAUCCUUCGCCCGUUCAUCUUUUACGUUUGCAUCUCGCACACUCGAUGACGCGUAUCACCCAUUCCGCAUUAUCCACGGUUCUCUCCCGCCCAUGUCGCUCGUGAUAUGUUCAUUUGUCGAUUCUCGCACUCGCUUCACCUCUCAUUCCCUAUUUCCCUACUUUGACGUGGAGCAGGGCGGUGUUAUUGUUGAACCCGGUGAAGGUGCAUUGGAGCUGAAGGAGACGUUGGCCCAUGUUCUUGUGUGACAGGACGCGUUAGCGGUUAUUGAAGAAACAAAAAGAAUCACGUACAAUAGCAUGCGUCGAGAAUCCAUUUUUGAU